GCUGCACACCGAAGAAGCCGUAGAAGAAGAGUUAGUAUUGUAAACACAAGGAUAUGGCUGACGAGAGAGGUGGAGGUGAAGACAACAUUAACGACAACAUGGGGAACCAGUUACAGCUCUUACCAGACAAUGAGGAAGAGGAGGAGGAAGAUGACAUGGAGACUGAAGACCGAGACAGUGAGGAGGCAGAGAAGCCCAACAGCAUCAACUUUGACCCCAGUCUCCCCACAUCACAUGCUUACCUGGGUUCAGACAUGGAGGAGUUUCACGGCCGUACGGUCCACGAUGACGACAGCUGUCAGACCAUCCCUGUGCUGCCACACACAUCUGUGAUGCUGGUGCCCGGUCAGACGCUGCCUCUGCAGCUCUUCAGGCCUCAGGAGGUCAGCAUGAUGAGGAGCAUCAUCCAGAGAGACCGCACCUUUGCUGUGCUCGCACACAGUGACGCAGGUGAGCCGGAGGCGGAGUUUGGGACGACAGCUGAAAUCUAUGCAUACCGAGAGGAGCAGGAAUAUGGCAUUGAAACUGUCAAAGUGAAAGCUGUGGGAAGGCAGAGAUUCAAAGUCCAUGAGAUAAGAACUCAAGCAGACGGGAUCAGACAAGCCAAAGUACAGAUCCUUCCAGAACGAAUCCUUCCAGAUCCCCUCUCUGCCGUGCAGCUCACACCCCUCUCCAGGCUCCACAUGCACCCCUCCUCCAAACCCCCGACUCUGACCUGCAAACAAGCCCAGUGCUGGUGGAAUAACUACCAACAGAGGAAGUUUCAGUGUGCCAGCAUGACGCCGUGGCCACCCUGGGUCUACGCACUCUACGACUCUGAGUCGCUCAUGAACAGAGUGAAGAAACAGCUCCAUGAAUGGGACGAGAAUCUGAAGGAUGACUCUCUCCCUACGAAUGCCAUAGACUUCUCCUACAGAGUGGCGGCCUGUCUGCCCAUAGACGACGCUUUGCGGCUCCAGCUGCUGAAGAUCGGCAGUGCCAUCCAGAGACUUCGCUGUGAGCUGGACAUCAUGGACCGGUGCACGUCACUCUGCUGUAAGCAGUGCCAGGACACAGAAAUCACCACCAAAAAUGAGAUCUUCAGCCUGUCUCUGUAUGGUCCCAUGGCUGCAUACGUCAACCCACAUGGUUACGUCCAUGAAACCCUGACUGUCUACAAAGCCAACAACCUCAAUCUGGUUGGCAGGCCGUCCACACUGCACAGCUGGUUUCCAGGGUACGCCUGGACAAUUGCUCAGUGCCGGAACUGCGGGUCUCACAUGGGUUGGAAGUUCACAGCCACCAAGAAGGACUUGUCUCCACCUCGUUUCUGGGGUCUGACUCGUUCAGCUUUGCUCCCCCGUAUCCCCCAGGGCGAUGGGGAGGAGGGCAGAGAGGGCUCUCGUCUCUUCUGCCUGUGAUGUGGGACCAUCAUUUCCCCUUGCUAAAAAAAAAAAAACCCUGCAAACCUCUCACACCUGGAUCUUAAGGCACUCUCUGGCUGUGAUUACUUUUAGUAAUCAGUGCAUCACACAGCGCCUGUCACCCCUGGCAGCAAAUCCAUCAUAUUAGCAGAAAGGUCAUUCGGCCUUUAAAUGGCACUCUGAGAGCAAAGUAAUUGUUCUUAAAGGUUCUUGAAAUGUGGAGGCAGCAGUGAGACGACUCGGCGCACUGUGAUUAGAAAUUGAGAAUAACGUGUUGAACAGAUUGAUUCCAUGACAAGUGGUAACAAUUCGCAUGUAGCUCCCUGAUCUGCACCCCUGUCCAGCUGAUUGCUUGGUGUUUGCAGACACACACAAACACAAAAGCUAUGCUUAAUGCAUAAUUUCCCUUCAACUCCUUUCCUCUGUAUGAUGGAGAGUGUGCAGGUGAGAUAGAUAUUGUGGGCGAGCAGGCUGAGUUAGCCACUUUAUCUGCUGUGAAACCAUCCAGUUAAAAUAAAUUCACUUAGCAUUCAGAUCCUUUGUGGGUUUCUCAGAUAUUUUUUCUGAUGUAAUUUGAGCUGCCACACUUCAGUGGAGGAAACCGUUUGAAUGAACGUGCACUCAUGUAUGUGUAGAUCUGUCAAUAUUGGCGAUAUUUUGAAUCUUAGAUUGGAUGUAUUUUUUUUUAUGCAAGAAGAUUGGAAAGUAAUUUAACAUAUUCAUGUGUGGAGACGUGCUAUCUAUUAUCAGGCCAGUUUGUUAUGUAAUAAACAAAAAACUGAGGUGACAAGAACGAUAAUGUGUAAUAUGCUUGAUAUAAUCAGUGUCUGUUUUGCUUUCAACAAAGGCUCAUUGUCAGAAAAUGCGCUUCAAGAAACAAACGUUGUCUCUGGUUGCACAAGUGAAAAUUAGAAAUGUCCUGGUGCCUAAUAGCAGACUGUUUUUUUUAUUUAACACAGAGAGCGAGAGGAGCGUUCACCCUUCUUCAUUCAGUGUUUUCAUGUUGUGUGGUAUGUUAAAAUGUUGUGCCUACGCCCCAGCUCGGUGUCUUUUGAUAGGUUUGAUGAAUCAAUGAACCGAAGACAUGAAUCAAAGAUUAUAAAUGGCGAUGGGAUGAUUAGAUAUUUGUAGGGUUCUCUUUGGGUUGAAGUCUCACAGUUUUGAGGAUUUUACUUGCAAUUUUGUUGCAAAAGGGGCUGCCUCACGUUUGUAUAAAUUUAACUGUAAAUAAGACGCAGUUAUAACAUGUUGUGUAAUAUAACUGGUGACUCUUAUCAAUAAUAUAAUUUCUCAUUUCUUUUCAUGUUACACAAAGUUUUUAGGAUAUAAUCUUUUCAUCAGUAAGCAAAGUAUUUGAUCGCAAUAAGAAAUCAUCUCAGAUGUGAACCUGUAUUAUUCUGUCUAAUGAAGUCUUUUUGGAUGUUUUCUUUAAGGAAUAGUUUGACAUUUUGGGAAAUACUCUCAGGUCUGCAGGAUAAAUAUUAAAGGACCAGUGUGUAAGAUUUAGAGGGAUAUUGGCAGAAACUUAAGAUAAUAUUCAGAAGUAUGUUUUCAUUAGUGUAUAAUCACCUGAAAAUAAUUGUUGUGUUUUUGUUCCCUUAGAAGAAGGCCUUUUGUAUCUACAGAGGGAGCAGGUCCUCUUCCACAGAGAAGACCAUGUUGUACCACCAUGUUUCUGCAGUAGCCCAGAAUGGACAAACCGGAGUCUGGCUCUAGAGAGGGCCUUUGGUAUUUUUCGUAGGUUUAGCGGCCAGUGUAGGUUCUCUUACAUGCUUGGAACAGGAGGGUUAUCAGUAGGUUGGAAUCUGUAGCCUCACCACUAGCUGCCCCUAAAUGCUACACGCUGGUCCUUUAAGCUCCCACCAGCAGGUAAUUAGCUUAGCUUAGCUUAGCGUAAAGACGUGAAACUGGGGUGAAACAGCUAGCCUGGCUUUUUCUGCAGGUAACAAAAUCCGCCUACCAGCACCUCUGGAGCUCCCUAAUCAACACCUUAUAUCUUAUUUGUUUACAUUGGUUUUGCACCUGGCUAUUUCCUGGACAGGGACUCCACAACAUUUUCCCUUCCAGUUUUUUCUCUUUGGUUUUUGGAAAGAUCAAGCAAACCUCUUCAUUAGCAUUAGCUUUUCAAGUUUGUGAUUGUUUGUUUGUUUUUUCAAUGGACAAAACCAGGAUAGAUGUUCACUCUUUUCUGCUCUUUAUGCUAAGCUAAGCUAACUGGCUGCUUAGGUAGCUUCAUAUUUACCUUUUAUUAUACCUUUACAUUAAAAAUAUCUUUAAAUCUUAGGUGUUAUUCUUAUGGCCUAAGCACGAUGUCAUGGGUGUACAGGUCUGAGUUGUAUCGACACUCAGUGAGAAAAUACUUUGACUUUGUGGUUUCAUGUGUUGAAUGAACCUUUCAUUUCUCUAUCUUAAUAUUUUUGGGGGUUUCCCAUAAAAGAGUAUUCCACUGAUUUAACAUUGCACUUCUAUAACAUCAGCGGACUCUAGUUUUUUUGUUUUUUUGUUUUUUUAAGUAUAAAAAUUGAUGCGGCAGAACCAGAGAUGUUAUUGUUUUUAUUCCAUUCAUUCUUCUUCCUUGUCAAAACCUGCGUGUAACAUUUUAGUCUGACAUUUGAAUGUGUUAUGCUAGUAGCAGAUAAUGUAGCCUCAAGCCGCUAGCCUCGAGCAGAGGUGACGAGUGGGCUACAGAGGCCUGGUGAGUGCUCUUCUUCAGAUCAUUUUAUUUUAAUUUCUCAGCCUUCUUGUGGCACAAAAAGCUUUAUACAACUUUUUUUCCCACAUAAGCACUAGAGUGUAGUACUCCACCAACACCUUUAAACAGACCUUGAUGUUGCAAAUUUGUGAGGUUUCCCUUAAAGAAUCAGAAAAUGUGAACUUCCUCAGAAAUGUGACUGUAUAUCAAAUUCACAUUUGAAAUAUUUUACUUAGUAUUGUCUGUUGGACCUCCUAUAGUUUCAUAUCAUAUCAUCCCAUCUUAUGUUUCAUAAAUGAGAGGUUUUCACCGUGAGAAUAAUAUGUAAAAUCUAAAAUCCAGUGUUAUGCCUCUUGAUUAUAUUUUGUCUCAUGUCAUUGAUUCAGUGUUUGCCAGGCUGUCAGCCUUUCAUUCACCCCCAAACAAUAAAAUAUAAUAAAGUCAAUGGCCUGGUUCAAAAGAAGGCCUUUACUUGUUUUUCUGUGACAUCCAGUGUACAACAAAGUAAAAUAAACAGGCAGUUAUCCUGUGACUCUGCUGAAUUACAUGUUUCAGCAGGGCAAUCGAUGCAGUGUGUCAAGAGGCAAUUUGACAUUCUGAAAACGUGUGUGUGUGUGUUGAGGUGAUGAAUUGAGCUUUAACAAGCAGGUAAACGGUAAUGUGAUGUCCUCCUAUAAUUUGUAAAUCUUCACAUAUUGAUGAGAUGGUAUACCAACUCAUCAAUAUGCAUUUAUCUGCAAGAUGUGGACAGGAUUAUUUGUAUGCCAGCACAGUGAGGGUCUAAUGAAUCUCUGUAAGGGGCCGUGUCGACCACAUGAGGGUCCCUCAGAGAAGAACAUUUAAAAUAAUGAUGUUGACAGGGUUUGAGACAUGCAGCAUGUGAUUUCUCAUAUCUCACCACUUCAGCUUGACAUCUGAAAUACUCCUGACUUGUUUUGUGGCUUUAGCAGUUGUUGUGUGUCUCUGCUUCUAUCUAGUAAAGUUUCUUGACUAUGAA